AUGGUAGAAAAGAAAGCCAAAGUGUGGAGAAUGUGUGUGGACUAUAGAGAUCUUAACGCAGCUUGUCCUAAGGAUUGUUACCCACUCCCUCGGAUAGAUCAGCUAGUGGACGCUACUUCAGGGUGUGAACUCCUGUCCAUGAUGGACGCCUACCAAGGAUACCAUCAAGUGAAGAUGCACCCGGGGGAUGUCGCUAGAACUGCCUUCGCAGUGUGCACAGGGGUCUUCGGAUGGGAAAGCAUGCCCUUCGGCCUCAAGAAUGCAGGGGCCACGUACCAGCGUAUGAUGGACAAGAUUUUCAGGACACAGCUAAGGAGAAAUAUAUCGGUGUAUGUUGACGAUAUGCUGGUGCGCAGCAUCAAAGCCAGUUCUCACGUGGCUGAUCUGGAGGAAACCUUCUCGGUAGUCCGCAAGAACAGACUAAUGCUCAACCCCGCCAAAUGCACCUUUGGAGUGCAAUCAGGAAAGUUCUUGGGUUACAGGGUAACACCAGAGGGAAUUGAAGUUAAUAUCGACAAAGUCAAAGCCAUCCUGAACAUGACACCACCCAGGAAUGUCAAAGAAAUUCAAACACUCAAUGGUCGGAUUACCGCACUGAGUAGGUUCAUUUCACGCUCAGCUGAGCGAAGUCUCCCGUUCUUCAAAGUUCUAAGGAAAGGAAGUCGAUUCGAAUGGAGCAGUGAGUGCCAGAGAGCUUUCGAGGACCUAAAAACCUACCUCACCAAACUACCAGUACUAACAAAGCCUUCUUCAGGAGAACCAUUGUACCUAUAUAUCUCUGUGGGAAUUGAAUCUCUGAGCUCAGUGCUGGUUCGAGAGGAGAACCGGCAACAAAAACCGAUAUACUUUGUAAGUAAGGUCAUCCAGGGUGCAGAGCUACACUAUACUGAGGUUGAAAAGACCGCGUACACAAUCAUGAUCACGGCCAGAAGGUUGAGGCCAUACUUCUUAUCACACAAGGUCAUUGUGAGAACAAUAAUACCAUUUAGACAAAUCUUAGGGCGACCGGAUCUAGCGGGAAAGAUGGUGAAAUGGGCCAUAGAGCUCGGAGAGUACGAGGUCGAGUUUGAGCCGCGCACUACCAUUAGAGCGCAGGCACUGGCGGACUUUAUUCAAGAAGCAACAAGGUGGCCUAUGAGGGGACCGUGGACAGCACAGGUUGAUGGGUCGGUCACUAAAGAAGGGUGUGGGGUGGGAAUCUACAUCACCUCGCCCGAAGGGGAAGUCUACCAAUUUGCUAUCAAGUUUGAAGAUAAGCUAUCCAAUAACGAAGCCGAAUAUGAAGCAGUGCUAAGGGCAGCCCACAUACUCAGAGAACUCAGAGCCGACAAUGCAGUGAUUAAAACUGACUCUCAAUUGGUGGCGCAACAGUUAACAGGAGGUUACGGGAUAAAAGAAGAGAGAAUGAAACACUACUUUGACAAAGUCCAGGAGAUUGGGAAAAAGUUUGAGAAAUUUGAAAUACAACAAGUGCCGAGAGAAGAAAACCAACGAGCAGACCUCCUGGCCAGAGUAGCCAGUGCAGUCGAACAAACUUGGAGCGAGGACAUUACCUUGGUGUUCGAACCUAAGAGAGCGGUGGUGGCGCAGGUAUACAACAUUGAAACCAAUGAUGAUUGGAGAACACCCAUCAUAUACUAUCUGAAAAAUGGUAAACGAAUGGAAGAGGAUACUUCACGGUAUGCCAAAUACGAGAAUUACUGCCUCAUCGACGAUCAGCUCUACAAGAGGUCUUUCACACAUCCAUUUUUGAAAUGCCUGGCCCCAGAGGAAGCACAGUUUGCUUUAAAAGAGAUCCACCAAGGGUGCUGCGGUAAUCACGGUGGACACAGGGAUUUGACAAGGAAGAUAAUCAGAGCAGGAUUCUACUGGCCCGGAAUCAGCAAAGAAUUGAAAGCCUUCGUGCAAAAAUGUGAGGCUUGUCAGAAACAUGCUCCCAAAAUCAACAUACCUGGGGAGGGAAUGGGGAUCAUGCAUGCUGCGCAUCCUUUCGACAAAUGGGGAAUCGACAUUGUGGGUAAAUUACCAACUGCUCCGGGAGGCAAGUGCUUCCUCAUAGUUGCCGUAGACUACUUCUCUAAGUGGAUCGAGGUGGAAGCUGUCACCAAAAUCGAUGAUAACACAGUGGAAAAGUUCAUAUGGAAGAACAUCUGUUGUCGAUAUGGGGUGCCAAGGAUUUUGGUUUCGGACAACGGAACCCAGUUCACGAGCAGGAAGAUCGAAGAUUUUUGUUCUCGGAUGGACAUCACACAUAAAUUUGUGUCAGUAGCCCACCCUCAAGCCAACAGACAGGUAGAAUUGGCAAAUCGCACCAUAUGUGAAGGGAUCAAGAAGAGACUCGAACGAAGCAGGGGACGAUGGGUUGAGGAGCUGGAUACAGUGUUAUGGGCACUUAGAACCAGCCCGAAAACCGCAACCGGAGAGGCUCCUUUCACUUUGGUAUACGGGUCAAACGCUGUGGUACCUGCUGAGGUAAGGCUGGAAUCUCAUCGGGUUACUACCUAUGACACUGCACAGAAUGAGGAAUUGCGCCGAUUGGACUUGGAUUUGAUUGAGUUACAUAGAGAGGAAGCACAAGUAAGAGCGGCAAAAUACAAGAGCAUUGUUAAGGCUGGUUACGACAAGAAAGUAAAGUUGCGCAGACUUGGGAAGGGAGACUUGGUACUCAAACGGGCAGACGCCUUGAAGCCCGUAGGGAAAUUUGAAACUAACUGGGAAGGUCCUUUUGUCAUCACGGAAGUCUUGGGAGGAGGAGCUUAUCACCUAGCAGACCAAGAAGGGCGGCCUCUUACCAGGUCAUGGAACAUAAGUAACCUCAAGAAAUUUUACGUGUAA